AUGCUCCAUUGUAUGGGUGCGUCUCAACAGCCAUUUCGGCGAGAGGAUCGGAACAAAUGGAUGAAGUACACAACAUCGCAGCCAACACUUGAUGAAACAGUUGCGAAGAGGUUUGCUGGCACUGUGGCUAGUGCUGCUAAAGACCUCGAGUUCUUCCAAUCCAAUAUCUUGAUUUCUUGCGUCGGUGCCAUGUCAUCCCUUGGUGUACCUUUCUCUACAAGACCUGCGCAGGCAGUCCGGGACAGCUCCAGUGGCUUUGGCGGAUGUGUGAUCACAGCAACUUCGCUGUCCCGGACAAAGACGCUGGUGAGAAGAAUGCCACCACCGCGUUUGGGGAGUGGCUUCUCACUAUCAUUCGUAGUUCUCGUCGUGCGAUCUGGGCAACUGAGGUGGAAACGUUUGCAACGGCGUGGCAGCACGACAAGGCAAGCUGUACAGGAGUCUGAAGAGCAACUAGAUGGAGUUUCCAAAGCAUUGCGUGAGGCUUUGAUGAAGUUUAGGGCCGAGGUCUCCAAGCCAGAUGCUGAGAUUGAUUUGACUUGGGCAGCCGCAUUGUUGGCCAUGCACGCAAACCCAGAGAUGGAUCCGGAGAAAGUCGUUUUGCAGCCCUUGGCACAACUCAGCAGGGAGUUUCGUGAACGGCUCGAUGAGUGCGAAGGUGAUGUGGAAGAAGACGGCGGAGCUGCUGGGUUACCUGAGCAGAUCCAGCUACAGAUGCGAGCUGCUGGGCUCUGUGCUUUCAUGGCGGAGCAAGGCUUCAAAGGCUGCCCAAGGACAGAAGAAGGAUAUUACAAUGCCGAAAACUCUCGGAUUGAAAGAGUUCUUCAACGACGAUGCGGGAUCCCUAUAACCCUAUCCCUGGUUUACAUGAACGUGGGCCGUUCUUGCGGCUUGCAGUUGCAAGGUAUGAAUUUUCCUGGGCACUUCCUUCUGGGAUUCGGAAAGGGUCACAGCGCGGGCUUGUUGGAUGCCUUUGAGAAUCGGACUUACACCGAGAGCGAGGCUGAGACGUAUCUUUCGCAGCUGUAUGGCCAGCAAAUCAAGCUCAGUUCCAGUUGGAUGGAAAUGCCACGACUGCCCAACAAGAUGUUCUUACUCCGAAUGAUCUCAAAUCUCAAAGGAGUGUAUGAACGUGGUGAAAAUGUGGCACAGGCUGCGCGAAUAGUGCAGUAUGCCAAUUGUUUGUACGAUGAUUGA